UUCUUCUUCUGAACGGAUUGAUUGAUAGAUGUAGAGAUAAAGAAUGAUCUGUAAAAUGUACAUAAUAAUAAUGAAGUGCAUAUACGGUGCCCUCCAUUAAUAUUGGCACCCUUGGUAAAUAUGAGCAAAGAAGGCUGUGAGAAAUUGUCUUUAUUGUUUAACUUUUUGAUCUUUUGUUCAAAAAAUUCACAAAAAUACUCUGCUGUCAUGGAUAUCAAACAAUUACAAACACAACACAGGUUUAUCCGAAAAAAUCUUUGUUAAGUAUAGGUGUGCAACAAUUAUUGGCACCCUUUUAGUCAGUACUUUGUGCUAGCUCCCUUUGCCAAGAUAACAGCUCUGAGUCUUCUCCUAUAACGCCUGAUGAGGUUGGAGAAUACAUGGCGAGGGAUCUGAGACCGUUCCUCCAUACAGAAUCUCUCCAGAUCCUUCACAUUUCGAGGUCCAUGCUGGUGGACUCUCCUCUUCAGUACAAAAGGUGCCGAACAUGAAGGAGAUCUUACUGAUCGGAUUUUAUCAGCCGAACGAGGAGCUCAACCGCUUCUUAUCCUCAGCACAGCAGGAAUUUAAAAUCCCAGUGAGGUACCUGCAGGAGUACGCGGCUCUGGGGACAGGAGGAGGGAUCUAUCACUUCAGAGAUCAGAUCCUGUCCGGUUCUCCUCAGCAGUUCUUCGUCCUGAACGCGGACGUGUGCUCGGAGUUUCCUCUGGAAGACAUGCUGCGUUUCCAGAAGGAGCACGGAGACGCACACAGCUUCAUCAUCCUUGCCACCACGGCCAACAGGAAACAGUCACUGAACUACGGCUGCAUCGUGGAGAACGAACACACCAGUGAGGUGCUGCACUAUGUGGAGAAGCCAAGCACGUUCGUCAGUGACAUCAUUAAUUGUGGGAUUUACCUGUUCACUCCGGAGAUCUUCCAGCACAUCGGUGCUGUGUUUCGGAAAAACCAGCAGGACGUGAUGCUGUAUCCGUAUGAGGGAGAUGAGCAGUGUAACGGCUGGCAGAGAGCCGAGGUGAUCCGUCUGGAGCAGGAUAUUUUCACGGCUCUGGCGGCUCAGGAGAAACUCUACGUGUACAAAACCGACCGCUUCUGGAGUCAGAUUAAAUCUGCAGGAUCAGCGAUCUACGCCAGUCGGCUGUAUCUAAACCAGUACCAUAAGACCCACCCUGAGAGACUGGCCGCCAAUAAGGACGGAGGACCGAAAAUAAUCGGAAAUGUGUACGUCCAUCCGACCGCUAACAUCGACCCCACUGCUGUGUUGGGUCCGAACGUGUCGAUAGGAACCGGAGUGACGAUCGGGGCCGGGGUUCGAGUCAGAGAGUCCAUCAUCCUCCACGGAGCCACCUUACAGGACCACAGCUGUGUGUUGAACAGUAUAAUCGGGUGGGACAGCACCAUCGGGAAGUGGGCGAGAGUGGAGGGAACCCCGAGUGAUCCGAACCCCAACGACCCGUACGCCAAAAUCGACAGCGAGACUCUGUUCAGAGACGGAAAACUAACACCGUCCAUCACCAUCUUGGGCUGUAACGUGACGAUCCCGUCUGAAGUGAUCAUCCUCAACUCCAUCGUCCUGCCGCACAAAGACCUCAACCGUAGCUUCAAAAACCAGAUCAUCCUGUAACAGCAGUUAUACGAUGUUUUACAAUGUGUUGUGAAAAUAUUGGCACCCCCACUUUGUUCUGUUGCGCACGAAGCUGCACAUUUGAAUAUAAAUCUGUCCAGUAACAGCAACAACUUUUAUUUAGUACUUUAUUUUAUACAUAAUUACCAAACUUGCUGUUUAUUUAGCUGUUCAUGUCCAGUUACUGUAAUGCCAAAUUUUCCUGUAGCUAGCUACAUUAAUACCUUAUGUUUAGCUACUGUUCUCCAAUGACAGCCCAUUGUUAUAAUGCUAACUAACUUAUUUAAUUACAAUUUUCCAAUCAACAAUGCCAUUCGCAGAUUCGCGGAAUCUUUGGCCAGCUCUCCCUAAAUACCCAGAUACUCUGUAGAUCCACCAAAUGGUGCUGUUUGUGAUCAUAUCUGGAAUUUGGUCCCACUAUUCAGCGGGUCAGUUGGCAGUUGUGAUUGCUUAGAUGUCUGUGGAAGGAUGUACCUUAUUUACAUAGAGGAGGUGAUUUGUUUGAGGGACCGGGUGAGGGUACGCCUUCAACGGCAUGCAGUAUUUUUCUCUAGAUCUUAACAGCUCCCGCUGAGGGAAUGAGACCAUAUUUCCAGAUGCACCGAGACCUUUUGAAGGAUACUAAAAAUGUACAGUCAACUUCUUUUUUACAUUAAACAUACUGUGUAAUGCAUAUAGACCUUGGGUGAGUUUAAGGUGAUCUCGACACAGAGCAAAAGGAGCAAUGUAGAAGAACUAUAGUGAGGUAUGAUCUCCACUCAAUCAGUUCUAUAGUAACAGCUCGUUCACAUCUGGGAUUUCCCAAAAAAAAAAAAACGCCUGUGUAAUUGUUAAUGUAGUGACCUAAGGAUAUGUUCAUGUAACAUUUAUGGAAGGAGUCUCCAGUGUCAGUGCUGGAACUGUAAGUUUUUUUGACAUCUUCAGGAAAAUAUGAAACUUUCCAGAAUGUACAUGGAUGCACCGAAUGGACAAUAAAGAAGAAUAACUUGUGUCAUUUGUUCUGUUAUGAUAACGACAUGAACGUCUGUGUGUGUGAGAGAGAGAGAUUAUAUAUCAUGAUGUGGGCAAGUUACAUCAAGCUAGACAUACCUUGAUGUGUAAAGUUUAUUUACAUUUAAAUAUUUUCAUAGUGCAUACCAGGAGAGUAAGAAGUGCCAAAAACAUCCUCAGUGGAAUUAG